GGAAAACAAGUCAGGCAGCUUUGUUGGCUCUGCUGGAGCAGGAGCUUAUUGAGCGAUUUGAUGUGGAGACCAGAGUAUGUCCUGUCCUCAUAGAGCUGACUGCGCCAGAUAGCAACGAUGAUGUGAAAACAGAAGCUGUGGCUAUCAUGUGCAAAAUGGCUCCCAUGGUUGGGAAAGAUAUUACAGAGCGUCUCAUCCUCCCUAGGUUUUGUGAGAUGUGUUGUGAUUGCAGAAUGUUUCAUGUUCGAAAGGUCUGUGCUGCCAAUUUUGGAGACAUUUGCAGUGUAGUUGGCCAGCAAGCUACUGAAGAAAUGUUGCUGCCCAGGUUUUUCCAGUUGUGUUCAGAUAACGUGUGGGGAGUCCGGAAGGCUUGUGCUGAAUGCUUCAUGGCGGUUUCAUGUGCAACAUGUCAAGAAAUCCGACGGACAAAAUUAUCAGCACUAUUUAUUAAUUUGAUCAGUGAUCCUUCACGUUGGGUUCGCCAAGCAGCUUUUCAGUCUCUGGGACCUUUCAUAUCUACUUUUGCUAAUCCAUCCAGCUCAGGCCAGUAUUUUAAAGAAGAAAGCAAAGGUUCAGAAGAUAUAUCAGUAGAAGACAAAAAUAGGAACAGAGAUCAAGAAGUCCCAGAAGAUGUACAAGUCAGGCCAGAUGUUCCUUCAGAUCUCAGUGUCAGUAAUUCCAGUGUCAAACUGGAAAACACGAUGGAAGAUCAUGCUGCUGAAACAUCUAGGAAAUCUCCAGGUGACAUACGUGUUCCAAUGGACAGCUCUUUACUUUGUACUUUGUCCUCAGAAUCUCACCAGGAAGCAGCUAGUAGUGAGAAUGAUAAAAAACCUGGUACCUACAAAUCUACAUUACGACCAGAGCUUGGCACCAGUUCACAAGAUUCAGCUUCUUUAGAUCAGGAAUUGUACAACUCCUUCCAUUUCUGGAGGACUCCUCUUCCUGAAAUAGAUAUAGAUACAGAGCUUGAACAAGACUCUGGGGAGAAGCUCAGCCCAGAGAGACCAGAGGAAAUACCUGAAGUCUCUGGAGCAACUUCUCCAAACAUCACCAUGGCUACCAGAAAGGAACUUGAAGAAAUGAUAGAAAAUCUAGAGCCCCACAUUGAUGAUCCAGAUGUUAAAGCACAAGUGGAGGUGCUGUCUGCUGCAUUGCGUGCGUCCAGCCUGGAUGCUCAUGACGAGACCGUCAGUGUGGAAAAGCGAAGUGAUUUGCAAGAUGAGCUGGGUAUACAUGAGCUACCAAAUUGUAAAAUAAAUCAAGAUGAUUCUGUGCCUUUAAUCAGCGAUGCUGUUGAGAAUAUGGACUCCACUCUUCGCUAUAUUCAUAAUGACUCAGACUUGAGCACCAAUAGUAGUUUUAGCCCAGAUGAGGAAAGGAGAACUAAAGUACAAGAUGUUGUGCCUCAGGCUUUGUUAGAUCAGUAUUUAUCCAUGACUGACCCCUCUCGUGCACAGACGGUUGACACUGAAAUUGCUAAGCACUGUGCAUAUAGCCUCCCAGGUGUGGCCCUGACACUUGGCAGACAGAAUUGGCACUGCUUGAGAGAGACCUAUGAGACUCUGGCCUCGGACAUGCAGUGGAAAGUUCGAAGAACUUUAGCCUUUUCCAUCCAUGAGCUUGCAGUAAUUCUCGGAGAUCAAUUGACAGCAGCAGAUCUGGUUCCAAUUUUUAAUGGAUUUUUAAAAGACCUUGAUGAAGUCAGGAUAGGUGUCCUCAAACACUUGCAUGAUUUUCUGAAGCUUCUUCAUAUUGACAAAAGAAGAGAAUAUCUUUAUCAACUUCAGGAGUUUUUGGUGACAGAUAAUAGUAGAAAUUGGCGCUUUCGAGCUGAACUGGCUGAGCAGCUGAUUUUACUUCUCGAGUUAUAUAGUCCAAGAGAUGUUUACGACUAUUUACGGCCCAUUGCUCUGAAUCUCUGUGCGGACAAAGUUUCUUCUGUUCGUUGGAUUUCCUACAAGUUGGUCAGCGAGAUGGUGAAGAAGCUGCACAUGGCGACCCCGCCGACUUUCGGGAUGGACCUCAUCAAUGAGCUGGUGGAAAAUUUUGGCAGGUGUCCCAAGUGGUCAGGGCGGCAAACCUUCGUCUUCGUCUGCCAGACUGUCAUUGAGGAUGAUUGCCUUCCCAUGGACCAGUUUGCCGUGCAUCUGAUGCCGCAUUUGCUAACGUUAGCGAACGAUCGGGUUCCAAAUGUCAGAGUACUGCUUGCGAAAACAUUAAGACAAACUCUCCUAGAAAAAGAAUAUUUCCUAGCCUCUGCCAGCUGCCAUCAGGAAGCUGUGGAGCAGACCAUCAUGGCGCUUCAGAUGGACCGGGACAGUGAUGUUAAGUACUUUGCAAGUAUCCACCCUGCCAGUACCAAAAUCUCUGAAGAUGCCAUGAGCACAGCUUCUUCAACCUACUAGAAGGCUUGAAUCUUGGUGUCUUUCCUGCUUCCAUGAGAGCUGAGGUUCGACAAGCGCUCCACACGCGAGUGAUCUGGGAUGGCUUUCUGGGGAGGAGACACCUUUCCUCUCCUGCAGACUUAAUUGCAGGUGCAAAUUGCCUACACCUGAUACCAGGGAUUUUUACGAGUCAAGAGAAAGUACAGUAAACACUAUUAUCUUAUCUUGACUUUAAGGGAAAAUAAUUUCUCAGAGGAUUAUAAUUGUCACCGAAGCCUUAAAUCCUUCUGUCUUCCUGACUGAAUGAAACUUGAAUUGGCAGAGCAUUUUCCUUAUGGAAAGGAUGAGAUUCCCAGAGACCUGCAUUGCUUUCUCCUGGUUUUAUUUAACGACCAGUAAAUGAAAUUUGUAUAGCCAGAAGUCAGAUGUGCACCAGAUGUGAAAGACCUUCAGUAUUAGCCCUGUUUUCUUCCAGGCAAGGACCUGCUGGGUUUUGUGGCGAGCUGCCCAGCCCAACCCAGCCCUACCCAGCCCUAAGUGUGAAUAGUUUUUGAUGUGUGUAAAUGGGAAAGGAGACUUUUUCUUUUGUACUCCUAAGGGCUUGAUGCUAACACUAAAGUAGGAUCUGAUUUUAACCUUAAAUGCAGCAUAUUGCUGUACACAUUUACAGAGCAUUUGCUGAGUAUCUAUGUCCUGAUUUUUUUCAUGCUGGUCAUGACCUGAAGGAAAUGUAUUAGCAUGUAUACUGUAUGUCAGGUGUUUUUAACUUGAUCAUGAUCAGCUCUGAGGUGCAACUUUUCUUCACACACUGUCUAUUAUCUGUGACCACUCUUGAGAGUGCUGCAGUCUUUAAUCAUGCUGUUCAAACUGUUGUGGCACAAGUUCUCUUGUCCAAAUAAAAUUUAUUAAUAAGAUCUAGAGAGAGAUAUAUACACUUUUGUUUUCUAGAUGUCUAUGAAUAAAUGCAAUUUGUGACCUGUAUUAAUUUAGUAUAAAAUGGGGAAACUAGAUUAAAAUAUUUGUCUUUUACCUA